CUUUAGAUCCAUUGCCCCUGAUGCUUUAGUCUUAGAUGGAAAUUUCUUACACAUGAGGUGUGCGGCUCAUAUCAUUAACUUGAUUGCUAAGGAAGGUUUAAGUGAUUUAAGUGAGAAUGUGUUAGCUAUCAGGAAUGCUGUUCAGUAUGUUAGGUCCUCAACCACUAGGUUAAACGCCUUUGAUCAGAGAGUCACAACCGGUAAGAUGACUCGUGGUAGCUUGCCCCUAGAUGUAAAGACUAGGUGGAAUUCAAAUUUUCUUAUGCUAUCUAGAGCAUUACAGUUUAAGGCAGCAUUUGAUAGAAUGGAAGCAGAAGAUAGGCUGUACAAUGACUACUUUAUAGAGGUAGAUAAUGGGGCUAAGCGGUGUGGACCACCUGCUUCUUGGGACUGGAAAGCUGUUGAAAAGCUUAUUAGGUUCUUGGUCAUAUUUUACAAUAGCACCUUGGUUGUGUCGGCCUCAUCUAAGGUCAAUGCAUUCAAAUGCUAUGGUGAGAUCGUGACAAUUGAGAGAAACCUUACUGGUUUAGUUAGCAGCUUAGACCCUGAGUUGAAGUUGAAAGCAUCAAAAUUGUUGAAGAAGUUUUUAAAGUAUUGGGGUGGUGUCAAGGGUGUCAACAAAAUGUUGAUCUUAGCAACCAUCUUUGACCCUACACUGAAGAUGCAUUUCGCAAAGCUCUGUUUUGAGAAGUUGUAUGGGAAAGAUAGCUUGGAGGCUAAGGAGAUGACAAAAACGGUGACUGAUCUUCUCACAUCCAUGUUUAAGGAGUACAACCUGCGUUUCAAAGGAGCUUCUAGACAAGCAUCGCAACCAAUUGAAGCUUCAGCCGUCUCUGGUCCAGACUCUCAAGAACAAGCAGUGGAAAGAAUGGAACUGGUGGUUGAGGAUUUCGGCUAUGAAAGGAUGGAUGCUGUGUACAAGGAACUUGUUGUUGAAAGAGGUGAAGAUACUAGGGAUCAGCUUGAAGUUUACUUGAAGGAAGCAGUUGAGAUUCCAAAGCUCUUACUGGGAACCGAGUUUGACAUACUGUCGUGGUGGAGAGUUCACAAAACGAAGUAUCCGGUCCUUGCAGAAAUGGCGAGAGAUCUCAUGGCUAUGCAGAUUUCAUCAGUGGCAUCAGAAAGUGCUUUCAGCACAAGUGGAAGGAUAUUAGAACCUCAUAGAAGCUGCUUAACUCACUACAUGAUCGAGGUUAUUAUGUGUACUGAGCAAUGGCUUCAUGCUGACAUCAAGCUGAAGGAAACCAUCAUCACAAAUGAGCAAAUCUUAGCUGAUGUGGAAGAGCUUGAUAAGCUUGAGAAAGAGUUUGAAGCUCACAAUCUUGAUGAUUGAAGUCUGGUUUCUGAAGGUUGAAGGAUGGAGUUUGAAGUUUGAAAGAGUUUAUUUUUAUUUCACUGAAUCUUGUUGCUUUUUGUUUGGUUUUCAGUUGGAUAAUGGUGAUCUUUGUUUUGUUUUUCAUUUCAAUAAUGGUGAUCUUUGUAUCACUUCUACUCUAAUAAAGUUUUAAAGUUGCGUUCACUUUUGUGUCACAUGUGUUAUGACUUAUGAGUUUGAUUGUGUUUCUUUAUGUG